AUGAACGCCGAAUUCUGCUCGUUAACCUCGAGAGUUAUCAAAGUACCAACCAUGGAAAGACUCCGAACUCAAGACUUGGUGUUAUUAUUAUUCUCCUGUUAUUCUGUCUACAAUUAUGAAGACAAAAUAUUACAAUCGCUAUUUAUUGUCCGUUUCCGCAAUAUUCUUGUUAAACAAAGAUGUCAACUGAACUCUAGGAAGAUUUCAUAA